GGCGGGAGCACCGGCCCGGCCCAGACGCGCUCCGCCAAGUGCUGCCCGGAGUUUGCCUCCCGCCGGGCUCGGCUGAGGGGCGGCGGCGGCUGCUGCUGAGGAGAGCGCGGCGCGGAGCCGAGCCGGUGGCGUAAGGGAUGUGUGCCACCGACUAGAGGAAUGCUGUAGAAGUGUAAUGCUUUCCUAAGUCAUAUUUUGAAAAGUUUGAAAAGCUGUGAAGCCAGGAAAUGUUCAUAGCUAAGAGUCAUGCCAUUAUGAAGUGGAGGAUACUUGAUGAAGAACUUUUGGGUAACAGCUUGACAUGGUUACCUCCUACAAAUGAUCAGAACCACAUGGAUUUCACAACAGAAAAUGACACUUGACUGAAGGGCGUAAGUCACCCUGGAAGAAGUUGCUUUCCUCCAAGCUUUCCGUGAGUAACCCCAUCCUAUGAGGGGGAGGAGGAGGAAGAUCUGUCAGCCUUCUUAGCUGUACAAUGGGGACUACCGGUGACGACAUGGCUUCGGUGGAGCAGAAUGCCUCCUUGAACCCUCUGUGCUUCGAGUGUGGCCAGCAGCACUGGACAAGGGAGAACCACCUCUACAACUACCAGAAUGAAGUGGACGACGAUUUGGUCUGCCACAUUUGCCUUCAGCCCUUGUUGCAGCCGUUGGACACUCCCUGUGGACACACUUUCUGCUACAAGUGCCUAAGGAACUUUCUGCAGGAGAAGGAUUUCUGCCCGCUGGAUCGAAAAAGACUGCAUUUUAAACUCUGCAAAAAAUCCAGCAUUCUUGUUCAUAAACUGUUAGACAAGCUGUUCGUUUUGUGCCCCUUCUCUUCUGUGUGUCAGGAAGUCAUGCAGCGAUGUGACCUGGCGGCACAUCUCAAAAACAGGUGUCCUGGGGCUUCUCAUCGAAGGGUUGCUCUGGAGAGAAGGAAAACGAGCAAGCUGCAAGCCGAAGCAGAGGGCGAGAGCGGUCCUGGUGGGACAGAGCAGCCUACCAGUUUAUCUCCAGACGCAGAUCAGGGAAUAGUGCCAGCUGAGCAGAGCUUCACCUCGCCCGCCCUUCCCGUGUGGACAGAAGAGCCCGGCAUCGACAAUCCGCCUUUAGAGGAGAACACAGUAGCAGACACAAAUCAACAGCCACCUACCUUGCCUGAAGGAGAGAUCACUACUAUUGAAAUUCAUCGGUCCAAUCCUUAUAUUGAAUUAGGAAUUAGCAUAGUGGGUGGCAACGAAACACCUUUGAUCAACAUUGUCAUUCAAGAGGUUUAUCGAGAUGGGAUCAUUGCCAGAGAUGGAAGACUUCUUGCUGGAGACCAAAUACUUCAAGUCAAUAGCUUUGACAUAAGCAACGUGUCUCACAACCAUGCUCGAGCUGUGCUCUCCCAGCCUUGCUCGGUGCUGCACCUCACCGUGCUGAGGGAGAGGCGGUUCGGCAGCCGCACACACAACCACGUGGAUGCCACCAGCUCCUCGCGGGAGGACAGCUUUCAAGUGACGCUGCACAAGCGCGACUCCAGCGAGCAGCUUGGCAUUAAGCUUGUGCGCAGAACAGACGAGCCCGGAGUUUUUAUUCUCGACCUUUUGGAAGGGGGGUUGGCUGCUCAAGACGGCAGGCUCUGCAGCAAUGACCGCGUACUUGCAAUUAAUGGACAUGACUUGAAGCACGGGACACCUGAGCUUGCUGCUCAGGUUAUACAGGCUAGUGGGGAGAGAGUGAAUUUGAUCAUCUCUAGACCCCUGAAGUCACAGACAGUCAGUAUUAUCCGAGACACCGGGACUCACAACAGCAACCCACACCAACACCAGUCCCAGCAGCUGUUUCACAGCAGACCCAACUCACAUAAGGAUCUCUCCCAGUGUGUUACAUGCCAAGAAAAGCACAUUACUGUGAAAAAAGAGCCCCAUGAAUCUCUGGGAAUGACAGUGGCGGGAGGCAGAGGCAGCAAAAGUGGUGAACUGCCCAUCUUCGUGACAAGUGUGCAGCCUCACGGGUGUUUGGCAAGAGACGGCAGGAUUAAACGAGGUGAUGUGCUGCUGAACAUCAACGGCAUCGAUUUGACAAACCUAAGUCACAGCGAGGCGGUGGCCAUGCUGAAAGCUAGUGCUGCCUCGUCAGUAGUCGCCCUGAAAGCCCUGGAAGUCCAGAUUGUAGAAGAGCAGCCCCAGGCUAAUGAAGAACAGUUGAGUACCAUCGGUGAAAAUGAAUACGAUGCCAGCUGGUCACCAUCAUGGGUCAUGUGGCUGGGACUUCCAAGCUGCCUACACAGCUGCCAUGACGUAGUACUGCGGCGCAGCAAUUUAGGGAGCUGGGGUUUCAGCAUCGUCGGUGGCUACGAGGAGAACCACACAAACCAGCCUUUCUUCAUCAAAACGAUUGUUCUUGGAACUCCCGCGUACUUUGAUGGAAGAUUAAAGUGUGGUGAUAUGAUUGUUGCUGUAAACGGACUAUCCACAGUUGGAAUGAGCCAUUCUGCACUCGUUCCCAUGCUGAAGGAGCAGAGGAACAAAGUGACUUUAACCGUGAUUUGCUGGCCUGGAAGCCUCAUAUAGGUUUUGAAUCACUUCGGUUCAAGCAACGUCUUUUUCUAGAUAGCUGGCACAAAAAUGUCCUCUGUCUUUUUUUCCCUAUUGAUACAGCUGGUUAUAAGCAGGGCCAAAACUGCUGUAUUUUCAUUUUUUAUGGGCCUCUCAGACUUAUUCUAUAUAUCUUUCCAUCCUGAAAUAGCCAUUUCUGUUUGCUAUAUCCGUUGCUGAUGCAAAUGCGAAUAUACACAUGCUCCCAGAGAAACUCCCGCUCCGAUACAGCUGUCAUUGAGCUUUCCCCGUCAGGCUUGUACAGUCAGCGGAAGAACUUAGUGGUUCUUCGGGUUUCUCUGCACAGUCCUCAAGUUAUAUGUGAUAUAUAAACGUAAUAGCCAUGUGCUCGUUCUUCCCUGCGAAGAGAACGUGUGUCAGUACCGCAAUGACACAUCUAUCUGCUGCUAUGAAUCCAAAUCCGUUUCCAAAGGUACGUCUCUUCAUUUCGUAAGCCGUUCCAUUUUUGAUUCAAUAUUUCAGACUGAUUCAAGUAAUCCAUCUUACUCAUCAGAAAUUACUUGGUCCCCCAAAUUUUUCUUGCAGGGCAUCAGUGUUCAUAGAAAAGUAGGACAAAAGCCUGAUAUUACUGGAAUUUUUAUAAAGUGCAAUAAUUGGACUCUUUGUUAGGAAACUUUACUAUAUUACAGAGUUUGUAUCCUAUAGUGACAAGAAAUAUGGAAGUAAUUACUGUUGCAACGCUGGCGAGAAUACACGUGCCCGAGGUCGCCUUUGAGUGAAUGGCUUGCAGUGUGAGACUUUACUUUACAAAUGAAUGUUUUGCUAUGUCAGAGAAUUUUGAUGAACAUUUUUACGAAGAUCAUUUUUACCGUUUCUAUUGUAGUUGUCAGCUCUCUUUAUUCAUGUGUGGAAACAAUACUUUGACUUGUACUUUCCAAAUGAGAGAACCAUUUCCGGGAAAAAAAAAGCAAGCUGUUCAGAAACCAUACGUUAUGGUUUACAGGUGGGCAGGCUAGAAGGAAGGCUCUUUGAAUUCGAGUCCAACUGCAAAGUAAGCUGCAAAGUUCACUCUUACUCUGUCACCUCCUGACAAAUGUGCAAAUGCCUUGAUAUCAAAUGCUGAAACGAUCUCUCUUGCAUUUCAGGAUAUUAUUUUCUUUUUUCCUUUAGAGAGCACCUGCCCUUAAGUUGUCAGUAAGAGUAACGCUGUUUAUCUUGGAUUGUAUUUAGUGUUUUUACAAACCACCCUGUAACUUCUAGACUUUGCCUUUCCGUGGUAUUUGCAGGCUAAGCACCCGUUUGUAUAAGAAAAUAGGGGUGGAGCGCAGAAAGAAAUGUGCUGACCUGGAGCUAACCCUGCGUGUUGUCGGUGUUCUGCGUAUUUGGAAAAGAGCUUCAUUUAUAAAUCAGGUUCCCGACCUGAACUGAUUUUAUGAAUGACCUCUGUAUUGUAUUAUUAAUUACCAGAGAAUGUAUUUGAGAAUCACAGCGUAUUUCAAUUGUGAAGCAUGAACUUUAUUUUCAAACUUAGCCGGUAUAAUAUCAGGGCAUAUUAUCGCAUGUCAUUAAUUCCAGUAGCUUUGUUUUAAAAAGAAAUAAAGUUACUCUUUUGCAAAAAAAAAAAAAUUGUAAAAAUCUCAUAUGAAUGAAGUGGUUUUAUUCCUCUCUCUAAUGUAUGCUAUUGGUUUAAUUUCAUAAUAUUAAAAUAUGGAAGAAUGUCCUCUACAGUAUAUUACUGUACUGAGAAUCUGUUUCUGAAGCAAACACCAAACUUAUUUGAUACUCGAACUGAUUUGAGAACAAGUUUCCUCCCACCCCCAGAUGCUGUUUAACUGCAUGCUUUGCUCUUAAUACAGGUUUUUUUUGUAAAGUACAUCUUAGUGUAGCCUUUAGGAAAGAUUUUGACAUAUGUACUAGAUUUAAUGUUUUUUAUUUUAAAAAUUACACUUUCCAUCCAAAACCCUGCAAAAAUCAGAUUUUUUGAUUUUUUUUUCUUUUAUAUGUGUAUGUAACAAAAGCAUGGGUUAGCUUAAACUGUGCGGUUUUGUUUCUGUGUGCUGUAGCUUUUGAUCAGAAUGUCUAGCGAUAAAACCGUUCUGAAUUAAUUCCCUUCCUGAAUAAUUUUUCCCCUUUCUCUUGUAGCUGCAUAGCUGGGUUUGGUUUUCUGUGCCUUCUGUUUUAAAUUAUUUCAAGGGUGUUUUUUUUUCCAGAUAUUGCUAUCUAAUUGUAUGGUAUUAAUGAA